CAUAAGAACGUCGUGAUAAUGAAAGAGCAAAGUUUGUAUGUUUGGGAGCCUCUCGCAUUCAACUCGCAUUCGUCCUCGAGUUCGUGUGGAAGCCAUUCAGAGCGGAGGUGGCCAGGAGCGUGGCAUUCGAAGUGGAACCGUUCCGACUCCACUGGUCGUUGGAUUGGGGGAAGCCUGUGAAAUCGCUAGCCGUGAAAUGGAGUACGAUCACAAAUGGAUGGAGUUCCUCUCGAAACGCCUGAUGGACCAAAUCUUCGCAUCGCUACCGAAAGUCAUCCGCAAUGGCGAUCCAGUUCAUUCUUAUCCCGGAUGUAUCAAUCUGUCGUUUGCAUACGUUGAGGGUGAAUCGCUGUUGAUGGCGCUGAAAGACGUUGCCCUCUCGAGUGGGUCGGCUUGCACUUCGGCUUCGCUGGAACCGUCGUAUGUGCUGCGUGCGAUUGGUGCCGACGAAGAUCUGGCUCACAGCUCGAUUCGCUUUGGCAUCGGACGGUUUACCACCAUCGAGGAAAUCGACUACAUAGCUGAAAAGUGCAUCAAGCACGUGACUCGACUCCGAGAGAUGUCCCCGCUGUGGGAGAUGGUCCAGGAAGGUAUCGACAUCAAGUCGAUCCAGUGGUCGCAGCAUUAGAGCGGACGGGUCGGGGCAUAUUUUAAAGAGAGAUUUGAUUUUGUAUGUUCUGCUGUGUAUGGUUGAAUUCAGUGAGGGUUUUUUUUUUUAAUUGU